CGGGGGGCGGGCGCUCCCAUGGCCACCGAGGUGGAGUCUCUCCCGCCCGGCAACCCCCUCCUUCAGGCCGAGGACCACGGCGGGCUGGUGAUGAAGCAGCCGCCGCCGGCGCCGCCGCCGCAGCAGCAGACGCCGCAGCCCGAGGGGAAGGGAGAGCCUCUGGACGGCGGCGACGACGGCGCCCGGCCCCCGCGGCCGCCCGGCUCGGCAAGGCCGCUCCGGGACGACGGCCCCCCGCCCGAGAGGGAAAGCCUGCAGCUGCUGCCGCCGCCGCCCCGGGGCGAGAGUGACGGCGGCAGCGGCAGCGAGGAGGGCGGCGAGCCGGGCCGCCGCGAGUUCGUCGAGGCCCCCCCGCCCAAGGUGAAUCCGUGGACGAAAAACGCGGGACCGACAGCCUUGGUCACCGUGAACGGACAGUCCCCGCCAGAGCACUCAGCUCCGGCCAAAGUGGUGAGGGCAGCCAACCCCAAACCUCGAAAAGGUAGCAAGGUGAGUGAUUUUGGAGAUGCUACCAACUGGCCCACACCUGGGGAGAUAGCCCACAAGAGUGUUCAGCCCCAGCCCCAUAAGCCAGCUCCACUUCGCAAACCACCCCUGAAGAAGGACAUGAAGGAACAGGAAAAAGGAGAUAGCAGUGACAAUAAGGAAAGUCCAAAGGCCAAGUCAGAUGAAUCUGGAGAAGAAAAGAAUGGGGAUGAUGAUAGCCAGAAAGCUGGACAGAAGAAGAAAGGGAGCAAACACAAGUGGGUUCCAUUGCAAAUAGACAUGAAGUCAGAUGUGGCCCGGGACAAAACUGCUUUACGUACCAACCGCCAGAAUGAGCAGCUUCGCCACCCGUCUGCCAGCCGUGGUGAGGUCAAAGGACUGAGCCAAGGUCCCCCCUCUUCCCCGGGGUGGCAUCCGGACAACAAACAGGAAAGGGCCUGGCCCGACCAUGAUGAGACGUCAAGCGUGAAGAGUGAGGGGGGAGCCAUUCGGGGCGCGUUCCGGGGCCGAGGCCGGGGCCGAGGCAGAGGCCGGGGCCGAGGCCGGGGCAACACUCGAUCCCACUUUGAUUACCAAUAUGGCUACCGAAAGUAUGACUGCUCUGAUGGCUCUCGCACCCCCAAGUACCAAAGUAACAUCACCUAUUACUUUGACAAUGUGAGCAGCAAUGAUCUGUAUAAUGUGGACCAGGAGCUGCUGAAAGACUACAUUAAGCGACAGAUUGAAUACUACUUCAGUGUAGACAAUUUGGAGCGAGACUUCUUCCUGCGGCGUAAAAUGGACAAUGAUGGUUUCCUUCCUAUCACCCUCAUUGCCUCCUUCCACAGAGUGAAAGCCCUCACCACUGAAGUGGGCCUCAUCAUCCAGGCCUUAAAGGAUAGCAAGGUGGUUGAGAUUGUAGAGCAGAAAAUCCGGAGAAAGGAGCAGCCUGAGAAGUGGCCUCUACCAGGACCCACAAUGACAGAUUACUCCCAGACUGACUUCUCUCAGCUCAUCAACUGCCCUGAGUUUGUGCCCCGACAGAGUUUCCAGAAGGAGACAGAAUCGGCACCGGGUUCUCCCCGAUCGGCCACUCCUGUGCCAGCUAAGACAGAAGAGGUCAGCAACCUAAAGACGCUACCCAAGGGCCUCUCAGCCAGCCUGCCUGACCUAGAUUCAGAGAAUUGGAUAGAGGUGAAGAAGAGGCCUCGGCCAUCUCCGGCAAGACCCAAGAAAGCAGAGGAGCCCAAAUUCCUGCAGCAAACAGCUCCACUUCAGCAGCUGAAAUCCAAGGACCAAGAUGAACCCGAAGAGUUGGACUUUCUGUUUGAUGAGGAGAUGGAACAGAUGGAUGGGCGGAAGAACACCUUCACUGACUGGUCAGAUGAGGACUCAGACUAUGAGAUUGAUGAUCGGGAUGUCAACAAGAUCCUCAUUGUCACACAGACUCCACCUUACUUACGACGCCACCCUGGGGGUGACCGUACUGGUAACCAUACCUCUCGUGCUAAGAUGAGUUCAGAACUGGCCAAAGUUAUAAAUGAUGGGCUCUUCUACUAUGAGCAGGAUCUGUGGACAGAGAAGUUUGAGCCUGAGUACUCCCAGAUCAAGCAAGAAGUUGAGAACUUCAAGAAAGUCAACAUGAUUAGCCGGGAACAGUUUGAUACAUUGACCCCUGAGCCCCCUGUUGACCCCAAUCAAGAAGUCCCACCUGGGCCUCCACGAUUCCAGCAAGUUCCCACAGACGCCUUAGCCAACAAGCUGUUUGGUGCCCCUGAGCCCUCAACCAUUGCCCGAUCUCUGCCAACCACUGUCCCAGAGUCGCCGAAUUACCGUAACACCAGGACUCCUCGGACCCCCCGGACCCCCCAACUCAAAGAUGCAAGCCAGACAUCCCGAUUUUACCCAGUGGUGAAAGAAGGACGAACGAUAGACGCCAAGAUGCCCCGAAAAAGGAAGACACGGCAUAGUUCAAAUCCACCCAUGGAGUGUCAUGUGGGAUGGGUCAUGGAUUCCCGUGAGCACAGGCCCCGGACAGCUUCCAUCAGCUCCAGCCCCUCUGAGGGCACGCCAGCUGUUGGCAGCUAUGGCUGCACCCCACAGUCACUACCCAAGUUCCAGCAUCCUUCCCAUGAGCUGCUCAAAGAGAAUGGCUUCACACAACAUGUCUACCACAAGUAUCGUCGGCGCUGCCUUAACGAGCGGAAACGGCUAGGCAUUGGCCAGUCCCAGGAGAUGAAUACCCUUUUCCGUUUCUGGUCCUUCUUCCUCCGGGAUCACUUCAACAAGAAAAUGUAUGAAGAGUUUAAGCAGCUGGCUGUGGAAGAUGGCAAGGAGGGUUACCGGUAUGGUUUGGAGUGCCUUUUUCGAUAUUACAGUUACGGUCUGGAAAAGAAGUUCCGACCAGAUAUAUUCAAGGAUUUCCAGGAUGAGACUGUGAAGGACUAUGAAGCAGGGCAGCUGUAUGGGCUGGAAAAGUUCUGGGCCUUCUUAAAAUAUUCCAAAGCCAAAAACUUGGAUAUUGACCCCAAACUUCAAGAAUACCUCGGCAAAUUCCGACGUCUAGAAGACUUCCGAGUGGAUCCCCCCAUGGGUGAGGAAGGCAGCCACAAGAGGUACGCAGCGCCGGGAGGAGAAAUCAGGAAACGGUAUCCGUCCCAGUCUUCCAGCAAACCGGCCACAGCACCCAGCCAAACCCAUGUCCCACUUGCCAGCCAAUCUGCAAGGGAAGAUGCCAAAAUAUCAAGCCAGCCCUCAGACAUACAGACUUUGGGAAAGUGAAGGGCUGUUUCCCACCUGGACUUGGGGAAGGAAGGGGACAUAGAAGGUCAUGAGAAUGGAGAGGUUGGAAUGAAGGUGGACAAUCCAAGAACAGGCCACUGCAGUGCACGCAACUUGACAACAAGAGACUGGCUUCUGGCCACUGUGAUGACCCAUCAAAAGGAGACUCCCAUCCCCACCCCUCCCUUUCCCUCACAAGUCUUCAUGUCUUAGCUUAUUCAGCCCGGGGUGGGAAGGGGAGAGUUUGAGAGAGUUAUAGAGAUAUAUAUAUAUAGAUAUAUAUAUAUGUGUGUGUGUGUGUAUAUAUGAGUCUGUGUGUAUAUCUAUAUGAGAGAUACAGAUGUACACACACACGCAUAUAUGUUGUUUUAAAUUAUUGACAGAAUUUCGUCCAUAUUACCAAAAUAACUCUUCAACCCUACAGCUGGCAGCCCAUGGCCCCUGCUACCUGGUCCCAGAGACUUUUUCCUCUCUUCUUCCCCAUCAGUUCUACUAUGCAGCCUGCACAGAGCCCUAGAGUGCCAUCCCAUCAACCCACCCCAUGCUGGCGUUAUCCUGUGGAAACUGCCAAUCACGGUCAAGCGGAGACUUCUCCCAUGGGGGAGCUAUGGACCUGCCUGGCUCCUCGGAGAAUGAUCUACACCUUCAUCUGGUGGCCUUUCCCACCAUUCUUAGUCCCUUCCCCCAGCCCCUUCCCAAGCCUCCCAUCCCUGCUUUGCCCUUCGGACCUGCAGACCUUGGAGGAGGAAACCAAAGGAUCCAGCCUGGGGCUGGCCCAGCGAGUGGCUGCUUGGGGAGGGAAGGCAGGGCCCUCCCUCUCUCUCAUAUAUACUUUCCAAUCCCUAACCCCUCCCCAAGCCCGGAGAGACGCUGCUCACUGAAGAAGAGAACCUGUUAAAAGAUGAUUUAUUUUAUUUUACUUUUCUGUCCCUUGAAAAAUGACAAAAAAAGGACAAAACUUACCACAAAAGACCAAAAAAAAAAAAAAAACCCCACCCCAACCCCAAGCCACAAAAAGCGACUUCUUGCCCUUUGUUCUUUUGUCCUUAAAAAUAUUUAAAAAAGUUGCCUUAUUGUGGAGUGGGGAUUUGACACACACACAUGCCUGUUUUCCUCUGUGGAGUCAGAAACCUGGCCUGGGAUCACAGACUAAAACUGACUUGACAUCAGGAGUUCUUGCUCUGGUCCUUGGCUGGCUGGAUAUAACUGAGUUUCAAUGGGCUGGAAAUCUUGGAACUGAGAUAUCACCUGCACAGCAUCCUUCUCCCCCUGCCCCCCACCCCCUGUGGCUGGAAAGGAGAGCCACAGCUGUGGAGGGGGUGGUCGCCCUGGAUACCUGCUGAUGCAUAGUUUGAAGCUGACAUUCUGUGUAUGUACUGUGCUGUUGUCACGCCGCGUGCCCCCCCCCCAUACACCCUGCCUUUUUUUUCAUAUACCUCCCCCCAGGGUCCUGAACAUCUGUUGAGAGGAGAUGUGGGCCCCAGGAUGACACCCCCACCCCCCACCUCCCCAUCCUCUUGAUUUCGAUCAAGGAAAGUGGCAUCAUGGGUGCCGGAGAAUCAACAAGCUCUAGUCUUGUGUCAGCUCCUGCCUUUUGAACUCCAUGUGCUUCCUAUGGCAGUAGGGGGUGGGGGCAGAGUAUAUUCUCCCCGGUUGCUGGGGUGGCUAGAGGGGUGGGUUGAACUGGCCAUAGAAGACAAAGUUUUCUUUGUCCUUGUCCCCAAUUGCUCCCAUCUCCUGGAAAUAGUCCAGUCUGUUGAAGUCUGGAGCCAUGGAGUAGGCUUUGGCCUCCCCUAGAAGCCAAGAGAUUUCUUCUCUACUGUGUUUCUCACGGUACAUAUGUAUUUGGCCCCUGCUACUUGUCCUCUGCCUAGUUCCCUAACUCCGUAUCUGCUUGGCCCUUGGCUACCCCGCUCCCCAAGGGAAAAAUGUGGCUAUAUUUGUGUAUGUGUCAGGGGUGGGGGAGUGUUAUAAAAGUCAGAAUUGGGAGGGAAUCUCCCAGGACAGACCUCCCCAGCCAUGUAGUAAAGGUUACACGUGGACCUGAUGCUGUAGCAGCCACUUAGCUGCUAACCAUUCGUCAGGUCUCUGGGUGAUGAUGGAACUAAAAGAAUGAGUGGAGCAGCCUUCUACCAUCAUGAGCAAAGGUGGGUGAUGGGUAGCAAUUAGGUCCCUUCAUAAUCAGAGAAGAGUGGAGGAAAGGAAGCACAAAGGGAAGUGAAUGUCUUGAGCACUUUCAAUCUUACUGUUAAGUUGCCAUCUCCCACCCCCACUUUUUCCCCCAGGCUCUAGAGUUUCAUCUUCCUUUCUAAGUCCAAAUCAAUAUGUGGAGGGUAGGAGACCACUUAGUAGCAAGCCAUUGAUAGAAUUAGCCUCUAUUGCCCAUUGUUGGACUGGAACUAGCUUUUCUGCUAAAGGGGCCUGAAAUAGCACCCCAAGUUUUAUUUUGUUGUUAGCUGCUCCCCCACUCUAAAAGCAUCUUAGGUUUUGUCCUUUUUGUUAUGUGUGACCCAGGAGCUGGUCUGUAAGCUCCUCCAGCUCUCUGGGGGCUCAAUCACGUCUGAGGCAGCAGAGUUGGCAGUGGAGGCGAGUUUGCCUAGCCUUCACCAGGGCAAGGGUUUCUGAGGCCCCCUUGCCCUGGUCUGGUGCUUGCCUUGGCAAUGGACUCCACUGGGCAUUUACCCCCAACUUUAUCCUUCCCUCCUUUCAGACUGACUAGCCCUGGUACUGUAUCUCUGAUGCCACAGCAACCUCAAAAGCUCAGUCCUCUGCCAUACUUGGGGUUGGAAAGAGGGAGGGCCAGGAUGAGCUAGAGGCAGGGUAGCUUCCCACGUCAGCCCUCCUACAGUGGCUGGAUACCCAGGUUGCCUGCUGGGAUUUCCCUGUGACUGCCUCACAGUCUACUUGGCUCAAGCUCCAGUUAUCUGGAUUCCGCCCUUGAGCCCAUGGUGGGAGUCUUGUGAGACUACCCUCUUUGGUCUCCCUGACUCUCCUUACAAGGAAACUCCCUAAAAGAAUGUUUUCUGGGUGGGUAUGUCAGCACUACAUCUCAGCUCACAGGUGGGGUUGGGUGGGGGGAAAUUUUUUUUUAAUGUUUUAGGGGUUAAUGUUUCAAAGAGUAGUUUACAUGUUCACUUUCUGAAGACACUUGAAUCUAGGACCGACUUAUCUGUGACAAGCAUGCCGGGGCGGGGGGGGAGGCUAGGACCUCCAGGCCUGCCCUUCCAUCUCCCUUCAAGGACCCCAAGACCUGAGUCACAAAGCAGCUCUUCGUUUCUUCCACAGUCCCCACCCACCCCAUCCUCUACCCCAUACAAAACAAAAAGUCGUUCUGUGUCCUGGAUGGUUUCGUUUAUUUUCCUUAGGUUGGCUUGUUCCAGUAAGAACUUUGGUAUUAGCCUCUGAAUAGUGCCUCUUGUCCAUUCCACCCUCUGCUCUAGUUUGGCAACUGCUAACCUUCCCUCCUGGUUUGUCUUUUGGAGAAGAUGCACUACCAAUUCAGAUAUUCCUCCAUCCCCAGCCUGGUCAUCUGUGACUCAGACAUGGAUUGGUGCUGAGCCCUCUUGGGAAAAUUUUGUUUCAUUACAUUGUAACUCUUCCCCUUUCUUGAAAUUUUGCUUUUGCAACAGGAAAAAAAAUCCCUGGCUGCUCAGAGAAGGGGGAAGCCUGCCCACCUGGGGCCAGGGAUACAGGGGUAGAGGGGACAAGCAGGGGCCAGUGACUGAGCUACACAUGUAUAACUUCACCAGAACUCGGGCAGAGAGCUUUGAUAGUAUGGCUCCUCCCAAAUUGGAAUCCAUUGUCGUCCCAGGUCAGAAGGGGAUCACUUGACUUCCCCCUCAAAAAAAAAAAAAAAACUGCACCCCUCUUCAGCCAUGUUGAUGGUAAAGGCAAAACUCAAUAGCCUGUUUCCCCACCAGAGAGGAAAACGUCGUCCAGCUUUGCUGUAAAGGACCCACCUUUCCCUGAUAGGACAUAAUCUUACCAUGUGCUAGAACAUCACAUUUAAAAGGACAAAAAAAAAA